AUAAUGAUUUUUAUUAUUUAAAUAUGAUCAAUUAAAGGGCAGUUAAUUAUUAAUGGUUUGGCUUAUUAAAAAUUAUGUUGGUUCUGUAUAUUAGGUUGAUCAAAUAUAGUCCUUAUCCUUUUGUGGUUUAUCAUAGCACAGAAUGAAUGGAUUAUGAGAGGAUUAAUGUAUGAAUGAAUGAAUGAAUGAAUGAAUGAAUGAAUGAAUGAUUAAAUCAGUGAGGGAAUACGAAAUGUUUAAAUCAAAAGAGAUGUUUUUCAUGUUUUAACCCUCAGAGUUUAUUGAGUAAUGAGUAAUUUAGAAGUUAUUAAGUUUUGCAGGCUGUACAGUUAAAAAAAGUCAAGAUAUUUUGUUUAAUUUGUAAUAUAAAUUAUCAAUUUUAAUAUAUAAUAAUAUAAUGUCAUUUAUUUCCAUUUUUAUCCUUUCUAAUUUUCACUUUUAUAUUAUUUUUAAUUUUUUUUUUAAUUUUUUUACUUACUUAUUUUUUUACAAGUGUGGAAAAGAUAAAUUUCUGUGAGGUGGAAAUAGUUUUACCAAAGAGGUAUAGCAUCAACUUAUGGUUGCUUUGAGACUGGAAUUUCCUACAAUCUUUUUUUAAUUACGGAAAACUGCAAUCAUUGCAAUUUGUACACUGUUGUUGAAGUUAAUGGGCUAAUUUAAACGAAAGACCUCAUUAAGGUCAAGUUAAAUGUCUUUUGUUUGCUUAUGCAAGAUAGUAGUUGAAAGUGUUUCCAGAAUUUUGUGUGUUUUAUUUAAUUAUUAAGUUGUUUCUAUGUGUGGGAAUUUCAAAGGAUUAUCAUGGUAUUUGAUAAUAAUUCCGAUGCUGGUUUUAUUAAACGAACUUUUCGAAGAAGACGUUAUCAAACAAAGUCAAUGCAGGAUGGAAGUAAUACCGCAUCGAUCAAAGUAUCAAAAACAGAGAAACAGAAACGAUCUUUAACUGUGGAAUUAGAUACUGAUACAUUUGUAAUUGUCAGUAGUAGUAAGAAUGAAAAAAUUAAAAGAGACCUGGAAAAGAAGUUGUCAUUGGAGCCACCUAAACAGUUUUUAUCAAGUUGGAGUUUCCAUCACUCAAAACACCACACAAGAGAUACUGCUAAAUUUUAUUGUGAAAGCGAGUCAGUAACAAAAAGAACAUUGAAAGAAUCAAUGACAAAGCGAGAAUACCUGUGUCGUUCAUUGUCAGCAGAGCUUCUUGCAAAGUUAAACGAAGAUCGUAAAAAUAACUAUGGUGAUAAUAUGGGAAACAUUGAUGUUAAGUUUUUAUCCCCUCAAUACUUACCUAAAAAAUCUAAUUCCUUAAAAAAAUUCAAAUCAGCAUUUUCACAUAAAGGAUUAAACCGAAGUCGGUCAGAAGAAAUAUGCAAACAAUAUGCCUUGAGGCAUCUGAACUACCAGGAAACAAAGUUAGUUAAAGGGUUAAUUAAAAAAAGAAACUCUGUUCCGGAGUUGUCAGUAAACGAUGAAGAUAAUGCAAAAGUUAUCAUCACUCACCACCAGGCUAUUAUGCAGAACCUACAUCAACGAAAAAUCAAACAAAAAAUUGCAAAGCGCAUGGUAACAUUUGCUGCUUUAAACUAUAGUCGACCAAGAGAUGACACAGGAAAACCGUUGUUGCAGACUCGAGCACGCUUCUAUUCACACCAUGUAAACAGUCAACCAACUACUGAAGUACAAAGAACUUUAUCUGAUCCAGAUCUAUAUCGAGACAGUUUAAAGAGGAAUAAAAAGUCCUCGGAUGAUCUGUUAGGUGAGAACUAUGAAAUUGGAGACCCAACAGAAGAAACAUUUACGCCGUAUACAGCAGUUGGGUCGCACGAAGAUAUACAUGAAUUAAAAGAUAAAGAAAAACAACAAUCAGUACAGAUUCUUCUAUCAAAUUUUGAACGUCGUUCGGCUUGUGAUGUAGAUUAUAAAAUAGACGAUAAGAUUAAUAAUGCUGAGGAUAAGACAAUGUUAAGUAGUAAGCCAGUACCGAAACCAAGACCAAAAAACACAAAUGGAAGUCCAAUACCUAAGCCACGUGUGCCAUCAAAACCAAAACUAAAACCUAAACCUCUUGAUUUAGUUGAGAAUGAGAAGCAUAAAUUUAGUGUGUCACUCCCAUCUGAAGUCCUCAAAAGCAUUGAAAACAACUAUGAUAGACCAACAUCAAAAGUUAUGGUGGAAGAAAAAGUUCCUGUCUAUGAAGUUCGAUCACCAUCCAAAAAGCAAGGAUCAACCAAAGUGGAUGUGGUUCCAUACGCCAUUGUUAAAUUACAAAUGGAGCCAAAUCAAAAGGAAAGCCCACCCGUUCUACCACCAAAAGAUGUUUCUUCACCAGUAUCCCCAAAGUUUAGUCCUUUGCAGUCACCUACUUGUCAUGAACAAUAUUUGGAGCCUAUUGAAGCUCAAUCUCCUGUAGUUAGUCCUGUAUCAAAACAAGCACCAAAAAGUAUGUCAGAAAAAGUUAAGACUAAAAGAAACAAAUAUAAAUCGAAAACAGCAACAAUAUCGAAUAGUUACACUGACGAAAAACCUUCACCAUUUAGUGAUGAAGCAAAAAGACGUCAGUCACUUCCAGAUUACCUCCAAGACAUUUCUUCUGUAGAUAAAAACUUAUCUCAAAAAAAUCAUUUGUAUGAAACAGUGUCACCAGCAAUGUCUGACGAAGAGGGAUGGGAUUCGGAUGAAUUUGAUGAUGCUUCAAGUGGCGAAGAGGAGUUUACUGUCGUGAAAGUGUCUCAAGCUAUACCAAAAAUGCCCCAUUUGGAAGGCACUGAACGAAAAAUCUAUAACAUAGUGACUGAAAUCUUGACCACUGAAAGAGCGUAUGUCAGAAGACUGUACCUGCUGGAUAAGGUUUUUCAUGAGCGGUUUGUACAAGAAGCCAAAGAAAACAACAUGAUACCUGAGAAAGUUGUAAAUGAAAUUUUCCCAAAUUUAUCUCCAAUCUAUAAAUUUCAUUCUACAAUUCUACUACCAGAAUUAGAAGCACGGAUAAUGGAGUGGGCCAAAGUCGAUAAGAUUGGUGAUAUUUUCAAGACACUUGGGCAUUGUCUCUUGCUAUACACAGAGUUUGUGAAGAAUUUUGACAAAGCAACAUCUACUUUAAAUCAUUGGAUUAAAAAGUCACCAAAAUUUGCAGCAGUAGUGGAAGAAUUACAGAAACGUCCUGAAUGUGAGAACCUCUCCCUUCAACAUCAUAUGUUGGAGCCCGUUCAGCGAGUGCCAAGAUACAAACUACUUCUACAGGAUUAUCUGAAAAAAUUGCCAGCUGAUUCUCCAGAUCGAAAAGAGUCUGAAGCCUCACUUGUCAUCAUAUCAAAAGCAGCUAUACAUGCGAACAACUCCAUGAAAGAAAAUGAAAAAUUUAAAAAACUACUCGAUAUCGAAGAUAGAAUUCAAGAUGGCUUACAUAGCGAGAGUUUAGUCACAGCCAGCAGGGUCUUUUUGAAGGAAGGUGAACUUACCAAGCUUGCAGCCAGAAGUGGUAACAGAAUGGCUCGAACUGUAAUGUUGUUCAACGACUUUUUGUUAUGUUGUUCACUGACGGCAACUGGAAAGCUUCGCGUCCGGCAAAUCAUGGAUUUAGCUGGAUUGAGUAUCGACGAAGUAGACUCGACAUUACCAGAGAAUUCAUUUCGUAUUAAAAGUCGGCAGAGGAUACUAGAUUUAAUAGCCCACAGUGAGGAGGAGAAGGAAGAGUGGGUGGCAGCGAUAAGAGCUGCAGUCAUCGAUCUUCACGAGAGGAGAGGCUCGACUAUUGAACGUAUGUUAGAAGAAGAUCGCAAAAAAAAUAGUACACAGUCAGUCGGACAGACUGCGCCUUUAUGGGUGAAAGAUGAAGAUGUUACCAUGUGUAUGCUGUGCGCUUUAAAGUUUGGAUUGGUGCAUCGGAAGCAUCACUGCAGAGGAUGUGGAAGGGUGGUGUGUGAUAAAUGUUCAAAUUAUCGAGCUAGCUUGGCAUACUCGGGUGAUGAAGUCAAGCGCAUUUGUUUUGCAUGUUCACAAAAACUUGGCAUAACUACUAAAGAUUCAGUGGAUAAGAAAGACGCAAGGAAGAGUGUCCGAGCUAGAGAUCUGUCAGCUUCCGCAGACAUGUGUGGGGAAGUGUUUUGGAAACCUCCCGGCAAAGGUUGGAGCAAAGAGUGGGUCGUUUUAACAAACUUUGUUUUAUAUAUUCAAAAGAAAAAGCAAGAUGUAAAAGCUCGUCUAACGUUACCAGUUCCUGGGUUUGAAGUUGCUCCUCCAAGCUCAGCAGAUGAAAUCGACACAGCUCAUCCUCAUUGCAUCAAACUCCACAAAAAGAAUAAAAAAGAUUUUACUUAUUUCAUUUCUUCGGAUAGUAAAGAAAUCAUCACACAAUGGGAAGAACAUUUACAGCAUGCAGUAAAAGCUCAAAAAGUUCCCAUCACAGAGCACGAAGAAGAGUGACAAGAAGCAAAAGAUUAUUACAGCGGGAGUAAUUUUUCCGUUAUGGUGUCCAAACUAUGUAAGCACAAAAACUUAAAGGUUUUUGUGAAGAUGGACUUAUACUUUCGGUUAUAAAAAUCACAAUUACAGCGGUAUGGUGCUCGUGAAGAACGCAUCUAUAGGAAGACAACUUGAGUGAAUGAAAAACUUGUAAAGUCACAAAAUACAUUUAUUUUAAUUAUAUAUCUAGUUUAUAGAUUCCUCUUACGGUUUGCUGAACUUGUAAAUUUCACGCUUUUUAUUAUCUUUUCCCGCCUAUCAACCCCCCUCCUCCCUUGUUACAACACUCCUCCUUUGUAGAAAAACAAGUGUUGUUUACACUGGAGGAAUCAAACACUUUUUUAUAGUCCUCCAUCGGUAGAAAAAAAGCAAUAUUCUUUUUAGUUAGUUUUUUAUAGUUUUAAUUUCUUAGAUAUAUAUUAUAAACUAUAAAUUGCAUCUCAGUUGGCAUUUAAACUCUAGUUUUUUUCUAAAAAAUUUUUAUGAAAGAAAAUUUUGUUACUUUUUUAAAUUCACAAUUAAACAAAUUUUUGUCCUUUGCUACAAUUUUUUUAAUAAUAAUUCAAACAUAUUUGUAUGAUAUUUAUAAUUUUUGUGAAAUUAUUUUUUUACAAUUUUUUUGAAUAUGUAUGUUUUUUUUAUGAAAUUAUUUUUUUAAAAAAAUAUGCACUGAAUUUACACACAACAAUCACUAAGAAAGCUGGAAAAAAGUUGUCUAUGCUUCUUGUCAUAAUUAAACCGAUUGUAUAUUAAUACAUUAUAUAUUCAGAAUUUAUAUUUACCUAACUAUUUUUUGUUUUGUUGUAGUAAUAAAAAUGACAAUUUCGUUUCUUGGUCCUAAAUUAAGCUCGGGAUAUAGUAAAGGAGCAUGGAAACGAGGUUGUGUUAUAUUUUAUGUUAAAUUGUUGUAUAUAUCGAAAAGAAAUCCUGUUCUCAAAAAAACCUGUACCGUUU